AUGACAGACGUCAACGACAUGUUUGUCCCGGACCUCUUCCUAUCCCGGCCCAUCCUGGCCGACAGCCUGAUGCGCACCGAGACAUCCACGCUACAGGAGGAGACGGUAGACGAGUGUCUCCCCUUCCUCAACGGCCAGGAGGACCUGGGCGCCCGCAACGACUUCGGCCUCCCCCACCUCGACCGGGCUCGCCACGUCAAGUUCCUCCACAAGCAGCUGGGCCGGCUGCCCGGGGCGUACAAGUCGGCCGAUUCUAGCCGGCCCUGGAUAUUCUACUGGUGCCUGGCCGGGCUCAGCCUCUUAGGCGAGGACGUCGGCCCCUACCGCCAGAGGCUGAUGGACACGGUCAGGCCCAUGCAGAACGAGGCCGGCGGGUUCGCCGGCGGGUUCGGCCAGACGAGCCACCUCGCCACCACGUACGCUACCGUCCUGUCGCUCGCUCUCGUCGGCGGGGACGCCGCCUACGAACUCGUCGACCGCAGGGCCAUGUGGAGAUGGCUCGGGAGCAUAAAGCAGGCCGACGGAGGCUUCCAGAUGGCUAUAGGAGGCGAAGAGGAUGUGAGGGGUGCAUACUGCGCUUCCGUCAUCAUCUCGCUCCUCAACAUCCCGCUCGACCUGCCGACAGACUCACCUGCAUAUGCUGCGGGACACAGAGACUUGUUUAGUGGUCUGGCUGAAUGGAUCGGUAAAGCUCAAACGUACGAAGGAGGUGUGUCGGCCAAGCCAGGCGUCGAGGCCCACGGUGCAUAUGCAUUUUGCGCCUUGGGUUGCUUAUCCAUAAUCGACUCUCCGCACCGCAGCAUUCCACGACAUGUCGAUGUAGGUCGACUGAUUUCAUGGCUCUCGUCUCGCCAAUACGCCCCCGAGGGUGGCUUCUCCGGCCGCACUAACAAGCUGGUGGACGGAUGCUAUAGCCACUGGGUAGGCGGCUGCUGGCCUCUGAUCGAGGCGUGCCUGAGCGGGCCGGUUGGGUCGGGAUCAGAGGUCGCUGAGGCUGCGGCCAAGGAGAAAAGCCUCUACAGCCGGGAGGGUCUGACGCGGUACAUACUGUGCUGCUGCCAGGACAUGUCGAAACGUGGUGGUAUGAGGGACAAACCUAGCAAAUAUUCGGACGCAUACCACACAUGCUACGUCCUCUCUGGUCUGAGCUCCGUCCAGCACAAGUGGAUGCUGGCCAAGGCCAGGCCGGAGGAACUGGCCGGGUUGGGGUCGGACGAAUGGGUCGCGACGCCGUACCUGAAGGGACCGCGUCUCUUCGACGAGGAGGACCGCGUCCUCACGACGCAUCCCGUGUAUGCUAUUCCUCAGCAUAAAGUUGUGGAGAUGAUGGGGUAUUUUACCUCUAAAGUUGGGUUCUGA